CAAAGGCGUGAGGGAGUGAAAUACACAUACACACUAAUCUACUCUUGCACAGACCAACUCCUGUUGACUCUGUUCCUCUUAUGCUGGAUAAAACACUCCAGUAGACGGUGGUUGUGGUGUGUGUAUGAGGAAUGAGCAGAACCAAAACAAUUGAAGCCAGCUGCAGGAGAAUCGGAGUCAUUCUCUCCUGAGAAGAGGAAACAGAAGAGGAAAAACCCAAACAAUCGUGUUCACAAGAGUGCUUCCUGUUUACCUGCAAACCUGCGCACUCGUGUUUCCUGACACUUUGUACCAGGUCCCACUCCAAUAUGCUGCAGCAAAUUCUUGCAAACAUGUACAUCGACCCGGACAUCCUGGAGGCGCUGAAUGAGGAGCAGAAGAAGACGCUCUUCCUGAAGAUGAGAGAAGAGCAAGUGCGCCGCUGGAAGGAGAGAGAGGAGAAGGAGGAGAAGGAAGGAAGGAUGGAGAAGCCCCGACCAAAGAAAGCCACUUUUAAGAAAGUGAGUUGGCUGCUGGGACGAGAUGGAGACGUGCAUGUGUGUGUUAUUGGUGAGACAGAUGAGUUCAAAUCGUCCAAACUCCUCCUGUCUGACCUCAGGGGAAAAAAUGAGAACAACUUCAGCACCACUAACAGAACGCCGACUAUUGGACGUCUCCAGAGCAGCUUGGACAACCGAGUCAUCCAGCAGGACGGCAGUAAGUCUGGGAUUCAGCUACUGCUCAACAAAGCAGAAGACAUGAACCACUCCAUCACUCUUCCAGACCUCCAGAAACACAACAUCAGUCACUUCACAGAGGAGCUGAAGAACCAAAAGGCCGACUCUUCAAAUUUGAGAACGACCACAUCGUACAGGAUGGACAGGGAGCCAUCUGUCGUGGUGAGACUGAACCAGUUCGACUUGCAGAAAAGCACCGUGGAGCAAGAGCCACACGAAAGAGGAGUGGUAAAUGAACAAGGACUCAGCUCUCCCUUCGGAAGCCGUGUGGCUCAGCUCAGGAUGAACUUUAACACACCGACCACUAAAGUCCCCUCACCGUGCACCAAACCCCCCAUCCCCACCAAACCAGCUCAUCUACUGACGGCUACCUCCGUCAGAUAAACAUCACAUGCAGAGUAAAACAAACGACACUUCAUCAACACCAGCUGUGGGUUCUCCAUAAUCUACCAUUAGCAUACCUGUAAAUAAAUGAUGCAGAGAAAAGGACUCCAGCACCACCACACAUGGGACUUCUUCCUUCAGCUGGUUGUACAGAUAUAAAGCAAACUGUGGUGUCCGAGAGAAUGAAAUAAAAGUACUGUAUAUGAAAUCAAUCACUCCGCUUCAUCAAGUCAGUAUGCACAGCCUGGACUUGUAUAAAAAUCAAUCUCGCACUGUUUUUAAUCCAGUGAAUGAAGGCCAAAGAUGUUUCUAGAUGUUUUCUACUUAUCAAAUGUGCUUUGUAAAUAAGACUACACUGUAUCAAAAAUGCAAAUAAAACUUCUUGGGUUUCAAAGUUA